CUACUUUUUAUAAAUAUUAUUUAUAGGUGUUGUCAACAAAAUACUUUCUUCGAAGGCAUUCCUUCCACUAAGUCGUAUAAGUUAUAACAUUUACAUAGUGCACCCUUUAUAUUUGAUAUUUAGGGAUGCUAUUAAUGCUGAAAGAUAUUACAUGGAUAGAAUUUCCCAAAUUGGAGAAUUCAUAUUUUUUUUUCUAUUCUCAAUAUUCGCGGGCUUCCUCAUGUACAUCACAAUAGAAAUUCCUUUUAAUAAAAUUAUAAGUCUAUUGACGAAAAAUUUUAGAGUUUCAACACCACACAAUGGCAGAAGGGAAGAACCUUUCAAUAAAAUUUAUGAUCCAUUAAAGGAAAAAGCUAAAGGUUCAAAACCAUCCAAUGGCCCACUGGAGGAACCUUUCAAUGAAACUAAUGAUCCAUUGAAGGAAAGAGCUACAAGUUCAACACCGCCCUAUGCGAGAGCUCAAAUCGGAAACUGGUUAGGGUAUUAAAUUAAAAAUAGAGCAUAAAAUCACUAAUGUACAACCAUUUUAAUUUCUGUAUUGCAAAUAUUCAGCUCAGAAAAAAAAACUAAAAAGCAUCCGUUAAUUCUCUAAACGGGUGAAAAAUUUUAUUAAAAUAAAAUUUUUCAAAAUAAAAUACUUCAUGAUGUUAGAACAGUUUUAACAUUACGAAAUGACAUUUUUUGUAAAUAUAUGCUUUCUUUAUACAUUUACAUUGGCUAAUGGCUGACUUAAAAAAUUUACCUUGAAUAUUGGCAUAGAAUUUCUAUGAUUGUAGAUUUAUUACAAAAAGAUUAUAUAAGACGCAAAACACACUAUAAAAUAAUGUACUUUUAGAGAAAUUCAAACCAAUGCCACAUAAAAGUUGUUUUUCCUUCAAACCUGAUUUAAAUCGUCCGUUUGUUGUCAAUAGCGACAAGACGUUUUUUUGUGCGAUGUUGUGAGUGUAAAAGAAAGAGACCUUGUUGCCUUCAGCAACUACAAUAUAGAAGUAAGUCAGCUUUGUGGUGGACUAUGUAGUUUAAGAGUUUUAUGCUGGACCAGAGAUAUAUGUAGAUACACAGAAGAAGAAAACUUUGCAGGAAUGGAAUUCGACAAAAAUUUGUUUGGCCUCUUUGUAAAAAUACGAUUCGAAAUGCAUUAAACAUUUAUCAACUACUUGA